AUGUUGGAGCCGAGCCGGUUCAUCAUAAUGUACAUGUUUGUGGCCUUUGCGCUGGUCUCGGCGUGGGGCUGUUGCGGUGCUAAGCUCAGCCUCCAUGCCCUCAACAUGGCCGGAGGCAUGGGCGGAACGUCGGUCUUUAACGACCCAAUGGAGCGGCCGAGUGCGGUGACGUAUGUGGAUGACGACGGCAGGAGUCGGGUGGCGCUGACUGGAUCUUGCUAUGGUGGUCAUGUAUGUGCUGUCUCGUGCUUACUUGGUGGCUCACAAGCCAUGUACUGCCCAGCUGUGGUCGAUCUCUCGGCUAACCUCCCCGCCCUGGCCAACAUCAACAUGACUCGGCUGUCUUCUGUCAUUGUCAUGGACGACCAAGGUGCGCGUAAGCUGGUCAUCGCCGGCGAGAAGCAUGCGCCUGGACCGCUCAUGCGAUCGCAUGUUGUGGUGGCGAAUCUGACGGUCGGAGGUGGGCUCGUCGCCUCGCACGAGUUUCAGGGCUGCGGCUCAGCCUUUUGCGGCCGAGAGGUGCGAGUGGGCACCUCGCACCUUGGUCACAUUCUUCUCGUCUCCAACAGCAACAAGCCUCUGCUCCUUGGCUUUACGCUCUCGGGAGUGUCGGUCAUUCCAGGCACUGAUCUCACGACCGGCGGCGGCCCGCUCAAUGCGGUGAGCAACACCGGGAUCGAGCCCCGGUUCACGGUCGACGUCGCUACCGGCCGCGGCCUCGCCAUCUCGAGCCACAACAUUGGUGCAGCAAUGCUUCUCUGCUUUUGGCCGUUUACCAUUACUGGAGCGACCACGCGAACACUGUAUGGUCACAGCUGCACCACCAGCUACACCCCACCAGUGCCUGCCAUCACUACUCCUGUGUUCGACGCGGCCGAGGCGACUACUAUGGUCGGCUUUAACAAUGGGACGGUGGUCUUGUUCCGCCUCAACUGGUCGACCAAGGUCCUCAGCUCGACUGUGAUUGCCGGCAUGCCGGACUUCUCGGUCCCACCGCCGGGCUUCUCCUCCCCGCCUCCACCUCAAGGCAUGCCGCCGAUGCUGUUUGGCGAUUUCGAGCUCUGGCCGCAGAUUGUGGGCGGCGCGCCGUCGAUGCUAUUCACCGCAUCCGCGUACGGACUGACAUAUGUGGCGCAGCUUGACGACGCGGCCAGCUCUGUCAUCGAGUCCACCAACUCGUCGCACAUUAUUGGGCUGACGCCGCCGUCGUUCCCCACCAUGAUCAGUGCCCAGGGUGCCGUAGGGUGGAAUGGUGGCCUGUUCCUAGGGUGGGACACGGGAGCCAACGAGUUUUUGCCUGUGGCGCUUGUCACCCCGCCGGCGAACGCGCUGUCGUUGUCGCCGGCUACAGUGGUGCCGCUUGCGUUUGCGGCUCAACCGCCGCCGUUUGGACCAGUGGACGUGCUUGAUCCGACACGGAUUGGCGGCAUGUUCAACGUGUCAGGCGCUGCUGACGACGACCUUGCAUGGCUCGGCCUACUCGGUGCCUCUCUCAGCUGGUCGAUCACCAAUGGCUACCAAAGCUGCGACGUGUUCGAGUCGCGGACAACGGGAACAUUUGCGUUUGACCCGCCAUGGAUCUCGGGCUACGGCCUGACCAACAGUGUUGUGCUCAAACACGAGGCGGGUGCCAACGAAUGGGCACUGAGCGUGUCAGACGCAGGCGUGACGGGCGCCAUGCUUGGCGAGAUUGCGCGGACGGCGCUGUCGAUGCACUGCCAGGACGGCGAUGUGCGACUGCCUCCGACGACCGCGAAAAACAUCACAUUUGUCGUCCGUGACAUGUUCGGGACGCUUGCGCCGCCGUUGAGCGUGUACAUGCCUGAGCCACAAGCAGACGCGAUCUUUGCGCCCAAGUUUGUGUCGAGCGCCGGCGAGUGGAUGACGGCCGGGCGGAGUGUGACGGUCCGGUCGGCGAUCAUGGCGGCCGAGGUGAGCACGACAGAUGCGACGCGAAGCUCUGGCCUCUUUGACACCUCGCUGACGAUGCAGCCCAUCGCCGAUCCGCGACUCUUUGCUAAUGUCACGUUUACCGCUGGCAAGACAGCCGGCUUUGCUGCGUCAGACAUUGUGAUGGUGGAGACCGGCUCGAUUGAGGUUCUCGUUGCUGGGGUUGGUGUCUACUAUGAAGUGGAAGCCAAUCCAAGCGAAGCCGGCACGUUCUUUAUCUUUCCCAGUGGGAGCGCACGACCAGCAGAGCCGCAGCUGUGGGCUGCGCCGUCGCCGCCCCCGGCCAACGGCCUCGACUUUGGGUUUACCGCCACCAACGUCUCGGCUGAAGUUGUGAUCGCCGGACUCCGGUCGCUGGCGGUGUACAUUGGCGGGAGUCCGGUUGUGAGCGGCAUGCGGACGGUUGAGCUCAAAUACUCGUACGUGUACAAGCCGCCAGCGCUAGUGCGGCAAGUCUCGAUGGGCUCUGUGAUGAUCGACGUGGCGUUCUCGGGCGUGGGGCCGCCACCUGUUUUCAACAUGACGGCGUGCGGAGAUGGAGUGGUGAACGGUGACGUGGAGGCGUGCGACGACGGCAACACCGUCAACGGCGACGGAUGCAGCGAUGGAUGCGUGGUGGAGCCCGGCUAUGAGUGUUUCAUUCCGCCGAUCGGAUCCGCGCCACCGACGCCGCCUGCGCCGCCCUCGCCGCCGAUGCCACCGUCUGUACCGCCAUCGCCACCUGCGCCGCCGAUGCCGGUCUUCCGUCCAUCGGUGUGUGCGACUGUGGCGACGAACCCGGGCCGUGAGCAGCGGUCUGACUUGUUUGAGAUCAACACCGAUCCGGCUACGUCCACGGUGGCGUGGACGGCGUACUUUCUGGCGGCGGUGGCGAUUGCGGUGGCGGCGAUGACAGUGUACAAGCGGACGAUGAACUCGACAGAAAUGCCUGACAACCACGUCAAGGCCUCGCUGUUCACCAAGCUUGUGCGGGAACACUCUGUGCUUGGCAUCAUCUUUGUCCACCGGAGCGACCCGUUCGCUGCGGGCCCACGAGUUGUAGCGCUUGUGCUCCAGCUCAACAUCACGUAUGCGACGUCUGUGGCGAUUCUCAUCAUGUUCAAGGAUGAGGAAGGCUCGAUCACCGGGUACGCGCUCUCUGCGAUUGUUUCGUCGCUGCUUUCGGUGCUGAUGGGACUUGCGCUGUUCAAAGCGCUGGCCGGCGGAGUGGUCUCUGCACUCUCGUUCUCUGCGCUCAACGCGUUUCUCAUUCUCGGCAACGAGCUGUUCCUGCCCAAGACCCUUGUCGACUACCACCAGUCUGUCCUCAUUGCGUUUGCGGCAGGGCUCUUUACUGACUUUACAGUUGUUGAGCCAGUGACGAUUCUCAUCAAGCGGUUCCUCUGGCUGGAGAGCUCUGUGUUCCAGCUCGACGAGAGCCCCGCGGCUUCGCCAUACAAGUCUGCGGUGGCGCCGAUGGAGACGUACACCGAACCAGUUUUCUGCGGCUAA